AGACACCUGACAGUGCCACGCUCACAGUAGGCACUCUCGCGCGUGCGAUCUCUUAUUUGUGCGCGCCCCUGAGUUUUACUUUCGAGGAUCUCAUUUUCGCUCGUGAUUAUGUAUUUUUUUCCUCUCGUGGAUAUGUUUGUCACUAUUUCUUUCUUGGGGAAGUGAAAAGUUUCACUUUCUGUAUGGUUGCUGCAGUGUGUCUUUAUAGGUGUUCCUCAGACUGACGAUAUGAAUGGAAAAAUACUUCUGGUCCUUUUGUUAUUCUGGGCAGGUGUGUGCCCACUGAGUUUCCAGGAAGUACAUGUCAAAGCAGGUGAGAUGGCAGUACUUCAGUGCCCUGUGAUGGGGUACAGUGAUGGAGAUGCUGAGGUGUUCUGGACCAGUCACACCGUGGAUGAAAUGAAACUCUUCAACAUGUCAACAUCAGCUGAGCAGAGGCAGAUGGGUGUGCUGGUUCAUGGAAGAAUCCUUGUCAUUCUCAGAGCUUCAGUAAACCAUCAGGGGAAUUACUCCUGCUCUUUUCGUAAUUCCAGCAGGCGUUCUUGGAUCAACCUCAGAGUAUACACAAUGGAGUCCAAAGAGUCUGGAAAAAUCAUCCAGGACUCUAAAACAUGUUACACAGAUAAGUCCUGCACUUUAUAUUGCCAUGAUAACAAUAUUCUCUUUGAUACCUGGAAUAUCACCAGAAACAGCACUACAUGUCACAAGGAGGGCGAGCCAUCACCAAAAGACGGUUACUUCUCGAGUGUGAAAAAAGAGGACAGUGGCAUCUAUACCUGCACCUGGUCUUACCUGUAUGAUGGUCAAAUAUAUAACAUGACCACUAUGGUGAAAUUUGAUGUCCAACCAAGCAAAAUAACUAAGAAAGCAGUGAUAAUUUCACCAAAGAACAACCAGGCAUUUGAUGUAGAUUUAGACUCUACAGUGGUGAUUGAUUGUAAAGCAGUAACGUCUUCAGACGCUGAUGAAUUGUUCUGGUUAAGCGGUGAUUCAUUUGUGGAGACAAAUAGCAGUCUGCCCGUUUUCUAUAAUUAUACAUGUGUCAACAACACAGAGGAAAUCAACAUGACAGCAUCUCUAGUCUUCAGACAAGUGUCAGAGGAAGAUCUGUCAAAAAAUUAUACCUGUAAACUGCAAUCUGACUAUAAAACGAGCUUUGUCACCAUCACCCUAAAACAAAACGAAACGUUUAUAUCGCCAGUGAUCAUUUCACCAAAGAACAACCAAGAAUUUGAUGUAGAUUUAGAUUCAACAGUGGUGAUUGAUUGUAAAGCAGUAACAUCUUCGGACGCUGAUGAAUUGUUCUGGUUAAGCGGCGAUUCAUUUGUGGAGACAAAUAGCAGUCUGCCCGUUUUCUAUAAUUAUACAUGUGUCAACAACACAGAGGAAAUCAACAUGACAGCAUCUCUAGUCUUCAGACAAGUGUCAGAGGAGGAUCUGUCAAAAAAUUAUACCUGUAAACUGCAAUCUGACUAUAAAACAAGCUUUGUCACCAUCACCCUAAAACAAAACGAAACGUUUAUAUCGCCAGUGAUCAUUUCACCAAAGAACAACCAAGAAUUUGAUGUAGAUUUAGAUUCUACAGUGGUGAUUGAUUGUAAAGCAGUAACGUCUUCAGACAUUGAUGAAUUGUUCUGGUUAAAUGGCGAUUCAUUUGUGGAGACAAAUAGCAGUCUGCCCGUUUUCUAUAAUUAUACAUGUGUCAACAACACAGAGGAAAUCAACAUGACAGCAUCUCUAGUCUUCAGACAAGUGUCAGAGGAGGAUCUGUCAAAAAAUUAUACCUGUAAACUGCAAUCUGACUAUGAAACAAGCUUUGUCACCAUCACCCUAAAGCAGAAAGCUGUUUCACAUCUCGCCAUGGGUUUAUGCAUUUUUCUCGCUGUGUUGAUGGUAUUAACAGUAGCUAUUUAUACUAUGUUUAAAUGCAACAUCAUUAUUUGGCUGCGAAAAAGUCUUGGCUGCGAUCACAGAGCCACAGACAGGGAAACUGCAUCGUUUGAAGACUCGCUUCUAAACAGAAACAGCAGGAGGCCUUGAAUACAGGUUCAUCACCAGGGGCCUUACAGCUCUGCGAGGCUGUGUCACCUGAAAGGGUGACACAGGGUGACACAGGUGACACAGGGUGUUACACUCCGCCUCCUUCUGAAAGAAGCUACGCCAUUACCUGCCCGUCCCACAGAGAGCACCCAGAGAUUUAAUAUGAAUAUACAGGUAGAUUUACAUUCAGAGUUUAUUUUAGACACCUGAACAUUGCCAGGUGCCAGGCGUCCGCCUAGCAACGAAAAAAAAUUAAACAUAUGUCUCUCUGUGUGAUAUAUGCGUAACAUGGGCCUGUACCAGCUCAUAUAAUGUUUAUGGACAGCACACAUACUGUGCAAUGCAUCUGCAGACAUCCACUCAUGUGACAGCCUGCAUUUCCCUUUACAAAGGAGAAUGUCACAAUGUUUCCAGGAAAUGGUUAAUGUGGUAUAUUAAUCCUGGAAGUUACUCAACUCUAAUUCUGUAAUGUAUUUAACAUGUCUUACUUGCUUUAAUUUAUUGCAUCGUAAAGAGCAAAAAGGUUGAAGUUUGUAUUGCUCUGAAGUCAUUUUCAUGCAUUAUUAUGCACGAACACUCCUGGAGGUAAAUAACUGGUCAGUUUUGCAACUGUUAAUAAUGUUCAUGUUAUGGCGGCUUAUCAAACAUAUUGACUCAACUUACUUUAUGUGCAGUCAUUUUUAAUGUUUUAGUAGUUGAUAUAAUAUUUUACUUUAUUUGCCUUUCUACUCCUUUGGUUAUGACACUGGUAUGAUUAAUUUCAUUAUCUAAGAGUAAGGAUUAAGCUUGAAACUAAGAUUUUUAUCAUAAAAGAUUUUUUUUUGUAGUGAAUGUUAUUACGGGUACAUCGUUAUUUAAAGGAGAAGUAAAACAAACAAGCAAAAAAAGCAAUCAUCGAGUGUUAGUAAUGAUAGAAAUGUUUCUUUCUGGCAUAUUUGUGUAGGUGUAUUUUUAUUAUUUUCUUUUUAUAAAACAUAAAACUGUGAUGGUUGUCUUCAGUCUCUGAUGACAUCAACCACUGUGCCUUAAGACUCAAAGUACAACAUACAUCAGGAGAAGUAAUUGUAGAAGAAAUUGUAGAAAAGGAAAAAAAAUAGUGGUUUUACAGAAACACUAAUAUCCAUUGAUAUUCGUUCUUGGGUUUAUGGAGUUCAUUAUACAAGUCCUGGUGUGACUCUUUAAUAGUGGAAAGAUUUACCUAUACACUGACCUACCUAGUGUGUUUUUACUGAUGAGCACAACUGCAGUAGGAGUAACAAAUUAAUCAAUAAAAUCAGAUAUUGUAGAGAAUAAAGAUGUGUUGAUUCCCAGCCAAUUUGUUUAUCCAUUUAUUACUGUCACAGUAAAUGUGUCUCCUCUGUAUGUGGACCCCCGAAAAUAAUCUCUGUGUGGCAUCUUACUGGAUGUCUGAUUUCAAUGCAUCUCGAGGACAGAGCAGGCUUGCUGGAGGAGCUAUGAUAGAGGUCGCACAGGUGUUUUUUUUUCCUGUGCUGUACAGAAGAGGUGUAACAGAAAAGCUGGACUACACAAAUCAAAUAGACUUUAAAAAAAAGUGUUUCUUUGUAUUUAUACAUUUUUGUUAUUAAAGAUGAUAAACUCUGUGACCAACUUUAUGCCCUUCACCAUCUGCCAAUGUAACAUGUACAUGUACAUGUAACUUGUACACCCUUUUUUUGAAGUCCUAUAUAAAGACUAUUGUUUCUAUAA